CUCAUCUGCCCCAGCCAUCCUAUUCGCACUUCGGUACUCGACGUCUACUUCACUCUAUCUUGGAUCACCGAAGGAUACUCUAGGGCAAUCCAACAUUUUGCUUCCCAUCAAAGCCUGACAUCGGGCCCUGCAUGUCUGUUCAAUAUCUACGUCCUCCCCCUACGACGCCAGAAGUGGUUUAUACCAGCCACUACUGCGAGGAGAACAUCUAUCUGCUACUUCAGGCUCUCGCCAAAAACUCUUCCGUCAUAGAGAUCUGGGAUCUAAAUGCCGUCUUCAUCUCAAAUCAUGGCAAAAGUGUGGCCCUCUGGAAUCAGAAGCUGGCACCUGAAGACGACAUCAUGCCCGUGGUAUGGGAUUACCAUGUUGUCGCUCUCCUUUUGCCGCGGAAGGACCCAGCAAGAACGUCAACCGGAGAAGUGCAGGAACAGCACAGCGAAGUCACUGUGCAAGCCUGGAUAUAUGACUUCGACAGUCGCAUCCCGACGCCUGUGCUGCUGGAAGAAUAUCUUUCGGGGACCUUUAAUGAGGGCGUUCCUGAGCAGUUCCAGAGCCUCUUUCGCAUUGUGCCUGUGCGCGACCUCUCCGACCACUUCGCUUCUGACCGAAGCCAUAUGCUUUCGAGCGAAGUACCUCAGGAUCAGGUGUACGUGAAGCCGCCCCCCGCUCAUGCGCCGAUUCGAGGGCCGAAAGCGCAGCAUAGCACGAACCUUAUGGAGGGCUUUGUCAACAUGCGUGCCAGUGAGGGGUUUGGGCGCAUGGUCAGUCUUGGGGAGCUGUGGGAGAUGUGCUAGAGUAGAUGAUGUGAGGCUGGGUGUCCGUGUUUGGCGCUGUUUCCGGAUCCGUCAAGCACAUACGAAAUCCGGGCGAUCGCCUGUUUCUCCGUUCGACCGUCGGCGGUCAGUGUCGCGCCGCGUCUUUCGUUUUUCGUUCUCCUCCUCCUCCCCACUA